UAAAAUUAACCGCAAAAUUGCGCUUCAAAUCGAAUUGAACUAACAAGCUAAUGUAAACACAUUUUUGUUCAUAUUUGCUUAAUAAUUUAAAGAAUAAUUAUGAUCAGCUGUUCCUCUAAGAUUGAUUAUACGCUAUCUUCUUUCAAUAUUGUAUAGUUAUCCAACAAAAAUGUCUAAGAGUAUUCGAUCGUACUUCACUGUUAUAAGGAAACAAACUACAGAAGCAAAAGAUGAUAGCGAUGAAAUACCAGAGUCACCAGACGUUCAAAUAAAAAAUAAAAAAAAAUUGACACGAAAAAAGAGGCUUAUAGAGGAUUCAGAUGAAGAAAUAUUUACACCUAAAAAGAAAAAAACUGAAGCUACUUCAAAAGAAAAGAAUAAGAAUCAAAAGAGUCCAAAAGCCACUUUAAAAGAGGUACAAAUUACAGACUUAUUUGGAAAUGGUAAAAUAAAGAAAACUGAGGCUUUAGUUGUAAAAGAUAAAACAAAGAAAAAUACAGAAACUGGAAUUCAUUCCGACGAUGAAUUUGAAAAAAGUCUCCUUGAACUUGAUGCACCUGAGCUGAAUGAAACAAUUAAAAUUGACAAGGAGGUGGAUGAUAAAUCAUCCAAAAAAAAAAAGAAAUCAAGCCCUAAAGAAAAAGACAAAACAACUGAAAAACUUGUAAAGAAUCAUGAUAAAGUUGACAAGGUAUUAAACAAAAGUGAAACAGACAAACAGAAUGAUGAUUUUAAACCAAAUAAGAAAAGUAACAAAAGGGAAUUGAGUGAAUUUCUUGAAGAUGAUGAUCACAACACAAGGAGCAAGAAGAAAAAAUAUGACACAAGCCUUAAUGAAUCUGUUCUCAGCGAUGAAGAAAAACAUGAAAGGAAAAGACUCUCAGCUGUUUUAUAUCAAAAGUACUUGCACAGAGCUGGCCCAAAGAACUUGGGAUCCAAAGAAAUGCCUGAGGGAGCACCAAAUUGCUUGAAGGACUGUGCAUUUCUACUCACUGGAGUGUUGGACUCAUUUGAGAGGGAGGAAAUUGUUGAGGCUAUAACUAAAUAUGGUGGUACUGUCAAAUCUGGAAUAAGCAAGAAGGUAACACAUGUAUUAGCGGGCGAUGACGCUGGGCCCGCUAAAAUAGCCAAAGCAGAGUCCUUUGGUAUUAAAAUAAUCACUGAAGACCAAUUCCUCAGAAUGAUCAAAAAAUCGAUAAAUGGUGAAGAAAAAAAAGACGAAAUGAAACCUAAAAUUAAAACCGAAAAAGAAGAAAGCAAAGCUAAAAUUGACAAUCAUGGAAAAUCUAAAAAAUCAUCGAAAGAUAAUGUUAAAUCUAAUUAUUUCCAAGAUAAUCAAGUUAAUGUUAAAAAUGAAAGAUCAGUGUCACCAAAAAAAGAAAGUAUCAAAGUUAAGAAAGAUACACCUGUGGAAGCUGUUAAAAAAGAGGAAAAAGUUGCGAAUGAUUCAUCUGACGUAAAAGUAUCUCCAACAAAAGGCACAACACCAUCACUAAUGUGGGUGGACAAGUAUAAGCCGACGAAUAUAAAGCAAAUCAUUGGACAGCAUGGAGAAGCUAGUAAUGUUAAAAAAUUAAUGAAUUGGUUAACGAAAUGGUAUAUAAACAGAAAAGCGAAGUUAGCAAAACCAAACCCUUGGGCCAAGAAUGAUGAUGGUGGGUUUUAUAAAGCUGCUCUGUUGUCUGGUCCGCCGGGAGUAGGUAAAACAACAACAGUGAGCCUGGUGUGUAAAGAGUUAGGUUUCGAUACAGUGGAAUUCAACGCCUCCGAUACGAGAAGCAAGAACCUUAUUAAAGAGCAGAUUACGGAACUACUGUCUACCACAUCACUGUCUGGUUAUGCUAGAGGUGUAACAGGCAAGCAAGCAGUGACCAAGAAACAUGUUUUAGUGAUGGAUGAAGUAGACGGCAUGGCGGGGAAUGAGGAUAGAGGUGGUCUCCAAGAACUAAUAGGGCUUAUAAAAUCAACAUCUGUACCAAUAAUAUGCAUGUGCAACGACAGGAACAGUGAGAAGAUGCGCUCUUUAGUGAACUACUGCUACGAUCUGAGGUUCAGUAGACCGAGGGUGGAUCAGAUUAAGGCGGCCAUGAUGUCGGUCUGCUUCAAGGAAGGCAUCAAGAUCCCAGGCGAUGUGUUAUCACAACUGAUAACAGCGGCUGGACAAGAUGUUCGACAGACGUUACACUUGCUAUCUGUAUGGAGUGCGGACCCACAGCUGGCUGAUAAGGAGCACUUGCAGAAAGAAGCCCAAAAGGUCAAGAAGGAUAUUAAAAUGGGCCCAUGGGAAGCGAUACGCAAAGUUUUCUCUGAGGAGGAGCACAAAACGAUGAGCCUCAACGACCGGAGCGAUCUAUUCUUCACGGACUACAGCCUGGCGCCGUUGUUCGUGCAAGAGAAUUACUUGCAAGUGGCACCGCAUUGUCCCAAGCGAGAAGUAUUAGAUAGGUUAAGCAAAGCCGCGGACAGUCUCAGUAUAGGAGAUAUGGUCGACGCGAGGAUACGUGGCAAUCAGGCCUGGAGUCUUUUGCCUAUACAGGCAAUGUACAGCUCAGUAAUCCCGGGGCAAGUGAUGUCGGGGCACGUUGCGGGGCAGAUACAGUUUCCCGGCUGGCUCGGGAAGAACUCGCGCGCGGGCAAGAUGGCGAGACUUGCCCAGGGCAUUCAUGCUCAUACUAGACUUAGCACAUCUGGUUCGAAAUCCUCUAUAUUCCUGGACUACGCGACACACAUACGCGACGCCAUUUUGAAUCCGCUAAUCAAAGACAAGAUGGACGGCGUCCAGCAGUCGCUGCAAGUGCUGGAAGAGUAUCACCUGCUGAGGGAAGAUCUCGAUUCCUUGACGGAGCUGACCGUGUGGCCUGGGCAAAGGAAUCCUAUGGUUUUGGUUGAUUCUAAGGUGAAAGCAGCAAUGACGCGCACGUACAACAAGCAGGCUAGCGCACUGCCGUAUGCGCCCGGUGCGAUCAAACGAGCUAAACACACGGAAGACACUGAGUCGCUUGAGGUUGAUGAUGAUGAGGAGGAACAGGAUAGCGACCCGGAGAAUGAUGCACUUAUUAAGAAAAAGAUGACGAAAGAUGUAGAGAAGCCAUCAACAAGCAAAGAAAAAGGACAAUCAAGUAAAGGAAAGAAAAAGAAAUAAUGUCCUGAUUUUUAAUUUAUAUUUUUAAUUAUUGUCUGUGAUUUGUUGUAUGCCCUUAAAUUUGAUUAUGUUAAUGGACCUGAAUAAAUAAUGAUAAUAAAUA